GCCGACGGUGCCGGCCCCGUCGCGCUGCCCCAUGUCGCUGCGCCCCGCUUCUCCAUCGCUCGGCUCAGCGUCGAGGUGCUGGUUGCGGCCGCGCUGCUGCCAGAGAUGGCGUCCGAUGCGCGGUUCGUCUCCCUCGCAGGCGCGAGUGGCGCGCGGUGCCAGGCCCGGGACGUUCUGCUCAGAAACGAGAUGGUCGUUGCACUGCUCAUCGCGCUCGUGGAUUUGCAUCAGCUGGCGCCGGGCCCCGUCUGGAUGCGCAGCGUCGAAGCGUUCGGUCCUGCUGCGCCGGUCAGCGUCGAGGCGCAGGUCGCGGACGCGCCGCUGCAAGACGCGUCGUUCGGCGUCCUGAUCACCGCCCUCGCGGGUGCGAGGCUGCCGUGGAUGGGCCCCGUCGCGCUUCUCAACGUCGCGGUGAUCCAAUUCGCAAUGCUACGCGGCAUUGAGGAGCUGGUCCGGGAUGUGCUGCUCAGAGACGCGAUGGUCGGUGCGCUGCUCGUCUCGCCCCUUGGUUCGAAGCAGCUGGCGCAGGGCCCCGUCUUGAUGCGCGGCAGCGAGAUGCUCGAUCCCGCCGCGCUGUUUAGUGUCGAGGCGCGGGUCGCCGAUGCGCCGAGAGUCGCGGUGCUCGUUGAACCGCUUGUCUAUCUCAUAGAAGUGAAGACGUUGAUGCCAAAUGCCGUCGCGCAGCUGACGACGCUCGAGUUCGUCGUGGUGCGCGGCGCCGCGAUGGUCCCGGACGCGCCGUUCGAUGACGCGACGCUUUUCGCGCUGCUCGUCUCGCCCGGAGAAAUGAAGCUGCUCAUGCUGUGA